AUGCACUUCUUCACCUUCCUAUUGACGCUCGGCUUCGCCCUGUCCGGUGUCCAAUCUAUCCCGGCCCCCUCCCAACCCUUCCCUGAGGUCGAUCCUGCCUCGAAUCCUCUCAACGCAGCUCGUGCCCUUCCGAGCGGUGACCUAUACCCACCCCAGCCCCCAGGAGCUGGCCCGGGCAAGCGUGGACUCCUCUAUAACACCGAGUCCAAUGUUGAGUGGAGCAACUUCUACGUCGAGAGUCCCUACGUCACGUACGGGAGCAAUGGGGAUGUCAUACGUGGCGAUGAGAUCAACGCCUGGUUCUCAUACGUUCCCACCAUAACGGUCGAUGCCAAGCUGGAGAACAGCGACUGGAACGACACCGUCCCGAUCUUGAUCGAGGGUGGAACUAAAGCGAUGUUCGCUUCGAACGAACCCGACAACCCAUCGCAAGCUAACCUCACCCCAGCCCAAAGUGUCACCGUCUACAAGAGGUUCAUGCAGCCCUACUACGGCACCGUCCAACUCGGCACUCCGGCAGUCACCAACGGUGGAGGUCAGGCAGGCUUGACCUACCUCGACGACUUUGUCCGCCUAUGCACCGGUUGUGCUUACAACUUUGUGAACGUGCACUUCUUCGUCGACCGGUCCGAGAUGAGCGUCACUCAGUACAUUGAAGCGCUGACGACCUACAUCGACGUCACCGUACCAGCAAUCCAGGCCAAACACGCGCCGCUGGUCGGACUACCGAUCGCCGUCGGCGAGUUCUGGCUCACGGGCGCUUCGGAGGCCGAAGCCGGAGCGCUGAUGGACGAGCUCCUCCCCUGGCUCGACGGCAACGCCAACGUCCUGUUCUACCAAGCCUGCGGCGGCUUGUUCGAGGGCGGGUUCGUCGACGCUGCCGGGACGGGACUCACGCCGGCCGGAACGGCCUACGGCGGGCUGGCCCUUUGA